AUGCGCAAUUUGAAAAACGUGCGCCUCGCCGAGGUGCACCUACAGAACAGCCUUCCUCUCACAGCGACCGCAUGGGAUACAGCUUCGGACGCCCUCGUCUGCACGUUCGGACCGACCCCCGAGACAGCGAUUAUCGAGCUGCGAAGAAAGCGACAAGACGCCUGUUUUUCCGAGCCCGUCUCCGCAACCGAAUUCGAAGUGAUCGCAUCAUGGGACGCGCCCUGUCCACUCCCAGAUCUACCCUGCGACCGUGUCCUCUCGCUGCAGUAUUUUGCAGACAAUCUGACAGCCUGUCUCGUGCUGGAAGGAGGCGAUAUCAUCAUCGUCCGCGAGGAGCCUCUGCCCGGGGAGGACAAGAUCGAGAUACUGGGUUCGGUCGAUGUGGGGAUCACUGCGGCGGCGUGGUCUCCCGAUGAAGAGCUCCUAGCGCUGACGACUCGCGCCAAUACUCUGUUGUACAUGACGCGGGAGUUUGAGAAUGUCGCGGAGAUUACGUUCACCCCCGACGACCUCCAGGCGUCGCAGCAUGUCUCUGUGGGUUGGGGUAAGCGUGAGACGCAGUUCCAGGGAAAGCGAGCCAAGGCGCUCCGGGAUCCGACUGUGCCAGAGAAGGUGGAUCAAGGAAAUCUCAGCAGCAACGACGAUGGCAAGACCACCAUUACUUGGAGGGGAGACGGCGCCUACAUCGCGGUCAACAGCGUCGAGACGGGUGCCCGCCGUGCCGUUAGGGUGUACUCGCGCGAGGGAAGCUUGGACAGUGUGAGUGAACCUGUUGAUGGUCUAGAGGGCGCUCUCAGCUGGAGGCCUUCCGGCAACUUGAUCGCAGGGAUCCAGCGAUUGGAUGAUAGGGUUGAUGUCGUCUUUUUCGAAAGAAAUGGUCUGCGUCACGGGCAAUUCACUCUCCGCGUCACCGAAGAAGAGAGAUCGUCGUCGUGGGCGUCGGAUAUCCAGCUGAACUGGAAUGUUGACUCGACGGUACUGGCGGUCCAAUUCCGGGACCGGGUUCAGUUCUGGACUGUCGGCAAUUACCAUUACUACCUGAAGCAAGAGAUCUUUGUGGUCGUGGAUCCGGAAUAUUCGCAUCCCUUUGCCUUCAAGUGGCACCAGGAGAAGGCGUUGCGAUUUGUUGCGGCUGCCUCCGCAUCAAUCCUGGACGUAGAUUUCGUCUUUGACGUGUCUCAUGGGUCGACCGUGGCACCGGAAGAUGUUGGCGCUACAGCAGUCAUUGAUGGAAAAACCUUGAAGUUGACGCCGUUGCGGCUAUCGGGCGUCCCACCCCCCAUGGCGCACAACGAGCUGCCACUGGACUCAAACGCCAUCGACGUCGCAUUCAGCAAGUCGGGCACCCGUAUCGCGGUGCUCAUGAACGACUGCUUUGCUGUAUAUCUCUGGUCGCUGAAGACUCGCCCCGUGGUCACCCCGAUCCUAGAGUCUAGUUAUCCGCUGUCGGAUGCUCGCGAUAGUCGGCCUCGCCAGAUCGCUUUUCUCAACGAGACCGAGGUCUACGUCCUCAGGAGUAGCGGGCCCAACAAGACCGGUAUCGAGCGGACUACGUUGGAGAACCGAACGACUCAGAUGGCGUACGAAACGGCGGGCUCGGAGCAGCUGUUUUCGAUUUUCUCUUCUCUUGGACAUGAGGCUCUGUGGUUCUCUCAUGUUCGCCAGCCUGGUCAACCGAUUACCUACUCGAACAUCACAGUGUCUCCGCAAGAUGAGUUUGUCCUCUCUAACUGGGAGCAGAGUCCAUCGGCAGAUACCUAUUGGGCCAAGGCGGUUCGAAUCUCUGAAGAGGAGGUCAUCUUGAUCUCCUUGACCAGGACCGGUGCACUAUACGCCAACAAGACCCUUCUCGCCAAAAACUGCACCUCCUUCCUCCUCACACAAUCUCACGUCCUCUUCACUACUUCGCAGCACCUGCUCAAAUUCGUCCACUUGACUCAGCCAGAGGAUAUGGAAGUCCCUCCAGAUACCCCCGAGACAGACGAGCGCUGUAGAAGUAUUGAGCGCGGAUCACGCUUGGUGUCUGUCAUCCCUUCCACCUUUUCCGUCACUCUACAGGCGCCUCGUGGUAACAUUGAGACGGUAUACCCACGGGCUCUCGUCCUUGCGGGGAUCCGAUACUUCAUUGACAACAAAGACUACCGACGAGCAUUUCUCACUUGCCGUAGUCAGAUGGUGGAUAUGAAUAUUCUCCACGACUAUGCGCCCCAGCAGUUCAUGGACAAUGUUCAGCUUUUCGUGGACCAGGUCAAGAAGGUCGAUUUCAUCGAUGAAUUUAUUUCUCGCCUGAGCGACGAGGAUGUCUCGCAAACCCUCUACAAAGACACCCUUAAGCUACCCCAGACAACCUCUCCCGCCGGGGUGGAAACUGCCAGCGCCCCGAAAGUCCCAGUCAAAGGCAGCAAGAUCAACCGGAUCUGCGACGCCUUCCUUUCGACUCUCGAGAAGCGACUGGAUACCAAUCUGCACAACCUUAUCACCGCACAUGUUUGCAAAUUCCCUCCUGACCUCGAGAGCGGUCUUCAGCUGGCUGCUCGCCUGAGAGAACAAGCACCCGAGCAAGCGGACGACGCGGUUGAACACAUGUGCUUCUUGACCGACGCCAAUCGUCUAUACGAUAACGCACUGGGUCUCUACGACUUAGAGCUCACAUUGAUGGUCGCGCAACAAGCCCAGCGGGAUCCUCGAGAAUACCUCCCCUUCCUACGGAAGCUCCAGCAGAUGCCCGAGCUGCGACGACAGUUCGAAAUUGAUAACUAUCUCGGGCGCUGGGCCAAGGCCCUUCACAGUCUCCACAAGCUCAACGCGGACGACGAACUCCGGUCGUAUGCCGUCAAGCACGUGCUGUACAAAGACGCCAUCGACGUCUACAAGUACCAGCCGGAGCAGCUGCACGAGAUCACCCGCCUCUACGGCGACUAUCUCCACGACCAGUCCAAAUUCAAAGAAGCAGGCAUCGCCUACGAGUCCCUCGCCCUCUACACAGACGCAUAUCAAGCCUACCAACUAGCCCACCUCUGGCGCGAAUCCAUCUACUGCGCGACGAUGGUCCCCCUCUCCCCGGACGAGCUAUCCGCCCACGCGCUCACACUCGCCACAACCCUCGUCGAAGAAAGCCGCGACUACAUCUCCGCUGCCCAAAUCCACGCGGACCACCUACACGACAUCCCAACCGCCGCCCGCCUCCUCUGUCGCGGCUCCCGCUUCGCAGACGCGACGCGCCUCCUCGCCCUGCACAACCAGCAGUCCCUCCUCGCCGACAUAAUCGACAGCGGCCUCGCCGACGCAAUGGGCACAAUGACGGACCUCCUCGCGGACUUCCGCACCCAGCUCAACACCCAAGUGCCCCGCAUCCGCGAACUGCGCAUCCGCCGCAUCACCGACCCCCUCGCCUACUUCGGCGGCGACCCCACAUCCGGCGACAUGGGCGCCGACAUCCCGGACAACGUGUCCCUCGCCCCCACAAACGCAUCCACCCUCGCCGGCCGGAGCAUGUUCACGCGAUACACGGGCAACACGGGGCGCACGGGCCGAACAACCAGUACGCAGCAGACCGCCAAAGCGCGGCGCAAGGAAGAGCGCAAACGCGCGACAGGCAAGAAGGGCACCGUCUACGAGGAAGAGUAUCUUGUGAACAGCGUGCGGCGGCUGAUCGAGCGUGCGAAUGCGACGGUCGCGGAGGUUGAGAACCUUGUCUUUGCGCUGCUGCGGAGGGGUAUGCGGGAGCGCGCUGCUGCCGUUGAGAAGACCAUGGGGGAGGUGUUGAAGCUGUGUGGUGAUUGUCGGGAGGAGGUGUUUGAGAUGGCUGGUGCUGGUGGUGGUGAUGUGCCGGCACAUGCUGGGGGUGGUGGUUAUCCGGAUGGUGGUGGGUUCCCUGAUGGUGGUGCGGCUGGUCUGGAAGGGAAACCGCGGACGGAUGUCCCGGUUGUUAAGGAGUUGAAGGUGUCUGCGUUGUUGAAUUAGUUGUGUUGUUGAAUUGGCCGAAUUGUUGAAUUGGGAUAGGGAGAAAGGCCUGGGGAUCUGGGUUGACUACAUUCCCGAUAUAUAACUAUAGACAUGGGGAAAGAAAAAGUAAAGUAUAGCGAUUGACGCAUUGAAUG